AUGGCGUUCGGAGCCGGCUUAACGUCGAGCAAAAGCUACCUCUUUUUCUCGACCCUGCACUUUCUAGCCUUUGCUUUGGCUUUGACUGUUUGUGGUCUCUAUGGCGUCGAGCUGGAUCGUGCAAGGAAGGCGGACAAGUAUGCAGAUUCGAAAUGGGUAUUUGCGGUCGUUGUUGGCGGCCUGUCAGCUUUGACCUCCAUUCUGUUCUGCAUCCCGUUCAUCCUCCGGUUUGCCUUCAAAUGGGUGUGGGACUUUAUCCUCUUUAUUCUUUGGGUCGCCGUCUUUGGCGUCUUCGCGAACAUGUACAUCCAUGAGAAGCCUGAGGGCAACAAUGAUAUUCGUCGGAUGAAGCAUGCCGUCUGGGUGGACCUCGUCAACAUGCUUCUCUGGCUCGUCAUCGCCGUUUCUGCAUUGGCCUACUGGUUCAAGCACCGGGAGACUCGAAGUCUGUUUACUUCACGCGCCAUUGUCUAA